UACUGUGACAUGAGUACAGAUGGAGGAGGGUGGACGGCUAUACAAAGAAGACAAGAUGGAUCUACAGAUUUUUACAGGACGUGGUCAGAAUAUAAACAAGGAUUUGGGGAUGCCUAUAAAAACUACUGGAUUGGAAAUGAUGCAAUCAAUGAGUUAACAAGGAACAGGGAUCAGGAACUCCGGGUUGAGCUACAAAGUUUUGGUGGUGCUGAAGCAUAUGCUCAUUACUCCACAUUUUAUGUCGGGGACGAAGGCAGUAAAUACAAACUCACUGUAUCGGGGUAUUCAGGAACCGCAGAUGACAGUUUGACUUAUCACAGUGGUAUGAAGUUCAGCACAAAGGAUCAAGAUAAUGACAACUACAGUACUCAUUGUGCCGUAUCAGAUCACGGAGGUUGGUGGUACAGGGGCUGUACUGACUCAAACCUGAACGGACAAUAUACAGAGUCAGUGAAGCGUGGAUUGAAAUACCCUGUCUGGUUUGACUGGAGAGGUUCUGAAGCAUUAAAGAAGACUUUGAUGAUGAUCAGAAAAAAAAUAGAAAUAAAUAAGAAAAUUGACAUUCAGAGAUUUACAGCAAUGGAAUAA